CUGAGUGAUGAAAGUUUUGCGAGAAGAAAACAAAGAAGGAAUAGGACCACAUUCACUCUGCAGCAGCUGGAAGAGCUGGAGAAGGCAUUCCUUCAGACCCACUAUCCAGACGUUUUUACCAGAGAGGAAUUAGCAAUGAGAAUCAACCUCACUGAAGCCAGAGUGCAGGUCUGGUUCCAGAACAGAAGAGCAAAAUGGAGGAAGAACGAAAGA